GUUAUUUCUAUGCGCCCUUUCUCAGAAGGGCUUUUGAUCAUGUUCGCUUUCUUUAGUGUGUAGUUUUGACACGAAUGAGUUUGGCAGCAUUUUUGGAUUAAUGCAUUGAGUUAACGAACUGUUAGCUACGAUAUUGUGCCGUAGCCGUUUCUGUGAAGAUUCGUUUCUCUGAUUGUAUUACUCCCAGUGAGUGAAAGUGAUGGCGAAUGACCGACUGAGAGCUUUGGAGGAGGUUGAGAAUCAAAUUGCAACGAUUCUGCAGUGCGCCGGUAACAUCGUGUUGGAGCUGUCUAAAGACAAGCACAAUGCCAGUUUCCUGGACAGACAGCUUAGUCAGUUUACUGGCUCGGUCAGCAGAGUGGAGACUGAACUCAGCUCACAGAUCAAAUACCUCACACAGGUUGCCACAGGCCAGCCCCACGAAGGCUCCACAUACUCAGCUAGGAAGGACUGUCAGAUGGCCCUGAACAGAGCAGAGUACGCCAGGGUCAAACUGGGAGAGCUGGGACGCACCUGCGAAGUCAUGCUGGAUCCUCAACCCUGAGAGAAAACAGUCACACCAGAACGAUGGUCGGGAGAGUGCAGUCGGUGGACGUAUCCAUGACUUGUUGUCACCGUGGUGUGUUAGCACCACCUGCCGCAGAGAGAUGGGGUCUGAAAUACUUUUCUUUUGUUUUUUCAUUUUUCUAUGAUAUUAGUCAGAAAAUGUAUCUGGCUAUGUUUUGUAAUAAAGUUAGUGUUUCAUUACAUUUUCCUAUUUGUUUGAUACAUUCCUUCAUAUUGUAUACACACAGUACACACUAACAAAUAAACACACUGAGACCUGUUUUGUAUGUUAACUGUUUUUAAAAAUUGACAUUUUCUAAAAUGCAGUACAAAAUAAAGAAGCGACAUAUAUUCUCCAA